CUUACACCUUGCUGCCUCCAUUUGUUUUGUUUCUUUGUUUGCCCCUGAUCUACUUUUAGAUCUCUCUUCAGAUCCACUGCUGGAAUUAAGAUUAUAAACUCGUUUCGGGGAUUUUCCAGCAAAGCAGGAGAACAAAGCCUGAAGAAUUUCUUUGAAAAAGUCACUCAUCAUAAAAGCAGCAUAUUUUGUCUUUUGAGGUUUACCUCUCCAGCCAGCCAAAAUUCCCCCCAAACGCAGACAGCAGGACCAUCCUGCGCUUUCGCGGCUCGCUGGCAGGAAGGGACUGGUGGCAGCGGGGGUCCUGGGGAUCAUGAUGGUUCUGGUUUUGGUUGUCCUUAUUCCAGUUCUGGUGAGCUCAGCUGGAACAUUAACGCACUACGAGAUGCUCGGCGCUUGUAGGAUGGUGUGCGACCCAUACAGCACAACUACUCCAAGCAGCACCGGCGCUCCAGACGCGGUCCCGGACAACAGCCUCCUGCAGUCGUUGCCCACUUUUAUCCAGGGUCCCAGAGGAGAACCGGGUCGUCCGGGUAAGGUGGGACCAAGAGGAGCUGCAGGUGAACCGGGAUACCCCGGUCCAGCUGGGCCACCAGGAAAUAGAGGUGAGCCGGGGAAACCUGGUUUACCAGGACCCCCGGGACCCAGCGCAGUUGCUGGCGCAAUCAGCGCCGCCACAUACAGCACUGUGCCAAAGAUCGCCUUUUACGCAGGACUGAAAAAGCAGCACGAAGGAUACGAAGUGCUCAAAUUUGACGACGUAGUGACCAAUUUGGGAAAUCACUACGACCCAACUUCUGGAAAGUUCACGUGUUCCAUCCCUGGGAUUUAUUUCUUCACUUAUCACGUUCUGAUGCGUGGAGGAGAUGGGACCAGUAUGUGGGCAGAUCUGUGCAAAAACAAUCAGGUACGUGCCAGUGCCAUAGCCCAGGACGCUGACCAAAAUUAUGACUAUGCCAGUAACAGUGCUGUGUUGCAUCUGGAGCCAGGAGACGAGAUCUACAUCAAACUAGAUGGAGGCAAAGCUCAUGGAGGCAACAACAACAAGUACAGCACCUUCUCUGGGUUUAUCAUUUAUGUUGAUUAGAUGCUGGCUUUACACACAACAGUUGUCAUAACUUUAUUUUGCUGGUGAAACUAAAAAUAUAAUUCUCUCUCUGUAAACUAAAUCUUCUGAAUUUGUGAAGAUAAAUUGUUAAAACUCUCAAUUUUAGUUGCUUUUAUGCUUUAAAAGAUAGUUGUGUUGAUGUAGAAAACAUCUGAAAGAUGCAAGACAGAGGACACGCAAGUCCAGUACUGGAAAACACUGAGAUAACGUUACUGUCAGUCACAUGAUUUGACAUGCUUUUUAAACAAAUAUGUAAAAGAAAUUAGUUGGUAACAGUAAUUCAAAUUUAAAUCAAUUAUUAAGAUACAAGGUGGAAUAAUCACUGUCCUCUAAACAAGGUGUGUUACCAAAAAUUAUCAACGUACAUAUUGUUUCAACUGCUAGAAUGUUUGUACAAAGUACAAGUUGAAAAAAAUGCUGGUAUCACUUCAGAGUAAUUUGACAUGAUAUAUCAAUUAAUGAGGAACUACUCAUCAACUGUUUGGUGUUUCUCAAAUCAGGUCUAUUUUUUUUGUCUUUUUCUUUAUGCAAACUAAAAGAAAUUUCUCUGUGAUCUCUAAGUAUACACAUAUAAGUAUGGGGAAAACAUACAAAUAACAUAAUUAAAACAGCUAAGAUGUGUAAGUGCAACAAGUAAGCUAGAUAAUCUUAGCAUUAAGUUCAGCUAUUUAGAAAGAUUUAUUUAUUUAUGGCGGUCUGAUGAGGGCUUUGAGGAAUCUGAUGAAAUUCACAACGUUGUUCCUGCAGCCACUCAGAGAGGAGAGACUCUAGAUAGAUAGAUAGAUAGAUAGAUAGAUAGAUAGAUAGAUAGAUAGAUAGAUAGAUAGAUAGAUAGAUAGAUAGAUAGAUAGAUAGAUAGAUAGAUAGAUAGAUAGAUUGAACCUGCCUGCACUGACAGCUAGGAAAGGAAGUACUUGACUUGGAAUCUGUCAAUAAUUGGAUUAACUUUACUAUUUUUGUAAAGAGCCUUGAAACAAUUGUUCUGACACUAUAUAAAUUAACUAAAUUGGAAUUAAAUAAAUUCACAACUCUGUACUGAGGGUCGUGUGCUAAGGUCCAGAAGUUUAUGGUCAUCUCCUAUUCUGUCCACCGAUUGACUUCCUUUUUGUCCAUCGUCAUGUCUGAAAUGACUCCUCCGACUGCAAUAUCAUCAGCAAAUUUAGUUAUCAGGCUUUCCCCACGUGUGCUUGCACAGGAAAGUGUGGUCAGCAGUGGAUCGAGUGAACACUCUUGAAUGAAUCCUAAGUGUGGUGGAGUUGGGGAGACUCUAUUCGGUGUUUAGCAUCUGUGGAGUCUCAUUCAGAAAGUUCAGAAUCCACAGGCAUAUGGCAGUGUUCAGAAAGAGUAGGAGAACUCUCACAGAGUAAUGUAUUAAAUGCUGAGUUGAAAUGACUAUUCCAGAUUCUGUAGUAACUGUCUUUAUUCUCCUAACGAGUUAGUACUUUGUAUUAGGAGGCUGGGUGCUUCCUGCUUAGAGUUGUUUGGUUGGUGCAGAUGUAUUAAUGCAGAAAGACAUACAUUUUGCCUUUAGUUGGUAGAAUGGCCAACUUUUUAUGAUAACAAAGUUUACCAUUGGAGAGCAGUAUUUAAUUUCAUCAGCAAAGACAUCUGCAACUCUGUUCACCUGGAACAAUGUUGUUGACUUCUACUGUAUAGUGGCAUUAAAGGGGCAGUAUUAUGUAAAAUCGACUUUUUUGAGCUUUGCAUCAUGUUAUAAUGUUAUUCCCUUAUCAAAACAUACCAGGAGUUUUGCCUUGAUUCUUCCAUGCAUGUUUGAGAAAUUCUUGAACCAUUCAGUCCUGUAAAAUGCCUGGGUGCACCGAGGCGCAUCUCCUCCUCUUUUCACGGUGUUAAGGAGUUUCCAAGCUUCCGAGUUUCUGCCUCUCAGAGAAACCUUCCUCUGGGCCUCCCACACUCAACACCUGAUGGAACUGCGCAUCUGCUGAUCUCAUUGCAAGAACUACUACUCAGUGCAACACUGGUAAAAACAUUGUUAAAGAGUUAAUAGCAGUGCCAUGUUGUGAUGACUUCCUGAAGGCGAAGUUUCAG